AUGUCGUAUCCCGCACACGCAUCGCCGGCACUGCCGCCGCUCAAUUCGCCGCGUCCGCAGAACACGCAGCGAUCAAUGUCCCACAUGUCGACCAUGUCCGAUUACGACCUCGAGCACAAGACCGCCGAACCCUCGACGUCCUCGUCCGUCAAGCCUGUUCCUGAGCCCGUAGCUGCCGCACCGCCAUUGGUAUCACCUUCGUUGACUCCCGAGCCCGCCAAGUCCUCGUCCGACCCCGCUACCCAAGAUGCCGAAGCCCACGAGGCCGAGCCUACAGCCCCUCCCGCCUUGCUAGAAGAGCUACCCGAGGUGAAUUGCGAAGUACGCGCUCGCAUUCCUACCACCUCGGGCCAGGAGAUGUUCUUGCACCUCUACCACAACAGUGCAGAUAACAAGGAGCAUCUGGCUAUCGUCUUUGGCCCUCACAUCCGCAGCCGCAGUCUCGAUGCCCCGAGGGAGGGCGAGACGGAGAAGGACCGCAUGAUCAGAGGCGCAUAUGUUGGGAAACUAUACCCUGGCCGCACGUCCAGUCGCUUGGAUCAGAUCAAACAGGAUGCCGGUGUCUCUGCCGCAGAACUAUCACGAAGCCCCACGCCCGAAGCCGUGACGACGGAAGAGAGACAGGACAAAGCCAUGAAAGUUGCCGAGGCACAAAACAUGCCCUCGCCAUUAGCACCUCUGGUGCGCAUACAUAGCGAAUGCUACACCGGCGAGACGGUAUGGAGUGCACGUUGCGACUGCGGCGAACAGCUCGACGAAGCAGCUCGUCUGAUGUCUCUACCCUUCGACCCCACCGAUGCAUCUAUCCCCUCACUAGGUGGUGUAAUCAUCUAUCUUCGUCAAGAAGGCCGUGGUAUAGGUCUACUCUCCAAAUUGAAGGCAUACAACCUGCAAGAUUUGGGUCACGAUACCAUGCAAGCGAACCUCCUUCUCAGACAUCCCGCAGACGCAAGAAGUUACGGUCUGGCAACGGCUAUGCUCAUGGAUUUGGGUCUGGGCGGUGACAGAGGUAUUAGACUGUUGACGAAUAAUCCUGAAAAGGUGCGCGCGGUCGAGGGACCUGGAAGAGAAGUCGUGGUCAAGGAGCGGGUGCCUAUGAUUCCUCUAGCCUGGAGUUCUGGCGGCAAGGAAGGUGUCCAAGGGCCUGAAUUGGAGAAAUACAUUGGAACGAAGAAGUUCAAGCAUAUGUUCAGUCCUUCGUGA